AUGGCCCAUUGGACCAUGUUUAGCCCCAACCAGCGAAACCCUAAGUUUGCUCAUGUCAUGCCUUCCUCAGUCCUCACCCCGUCAGCCGCCAGUCCGCCACACGCACGCCCACACCCGACAGCGGCACCGGCGCACAGCCCCUGCCCCCGCCGUCUCUCGCUCCCGCACCUCGCGCCCCCGCCGCCUCUCGCACCACGCGCUCCCGCCACCUCCCGCACGGCGUACCUCCGCCGCCUCUCGCCGCCUCCAGCACCGCUCAACGACGCCUCCAGGAACGGCGCCGCCCCCCGACGCCUCCAGGACCGCUGCCGGCCCCCGACGCCUCCAGGACCGCCACCGUCGCCAGCCCUCGACGCCUAG